UUACCAACUGAUCUUAUUAAAAUGGGCAAUUGUUGUGCUGAUUGUUGUCUGUUUUUGGUUAUGCUUAUUUUCCCGCCGUUGGCAGUUCUGAUUCGUGAAGGGUGCACUAUUCAUCUUUUGUUGAAUUUUAUUCUGACUUGUGCCUUAUGGCUGCCAGGACUGAUUCAUGCUAUUUAUGUUUGCUAUUAUAUGUAUCCUACUAAUGUGGCUGUAGUGGCAGUGCCGCAGCAAACUGUGACGACUGUGCAUUAUGGUGCAAAUUAA